AUGAGUCAACUCGGUCUCAUAUUACACGAAUCGCUCUGUCCACAAAGAGAAGCAAGAACCUUACUCGGUUUACUAACAGAACAAAUGGACGGUGCAGAUUCAUCAACUAUAAGAAGACGUAGUCUGAAAGAACGGUUCAGAUUCACCGGUAUCGGUGGUUGCUGUGGUACCACCUGGGUUUUCUGUCCAAUUAUCAGACACGAACACCACCAACAACAACAACGACGACAACAAGAGGAAGCAAGAGGAGAAGGAGAAGCUAAUGUGGAGCAACAAGAACUACAGGUUCAAGAUCCGAAUCCGGAUCCGUCUAGUUCUUCUGGGAUGAAUCUUGCGGCGGCAUUGGCGGCGGAGCGUCAUAUGAGAGGUUCGGAAGAAACUGGCGGUGGCGAAAGAGCGACGCCGUGGAGAGUUUCGUUGAUGAAACUGUUGGAGGAAACGAAAGUGGAAACUAAAGCCAUGGGAAACAAAAAUAGCUUCAUGGACUUUCUUUAUAGACGGGCCUUGGCUCCAGGCAGUAAUGCUGGACCUACUCCCCAAUUCAGAACCUUACCCCCUGUUUGA